AUGUCCGAUAUCACGAGGGAAGAUCUGAUGCAAGUCCCGCUUGACCAGAAGCUUCAGUCGGAAGCGCAGUGGAGGGUCUGGAUAGGCCAUAUCAAAUCAGCGGCUGUUGCAGAAGAUGUGUGGGAUUACCUUGAUCCUGAGAAGGCGGAUGACGAAGUUCUGCAGGUGCCUGAGGCUCAGGAAGAGCCCUCGUUACCCCGGGAUAACCGCCAGCGGGAGAGAGAUAUCAUGGACCUAGAAGAUGCGGAGCUCAAGAGAUACACGUUCACUGUUCAAGCGUACGAUCGCCGCGAUCAGCGCAGACAGAGACUAUGUCACGAUUAA